UUAUGACGUUAUUGAUACUCCGGAAAACUUAUAAUGCAUCAUUGUAACGCUAGCUGUUCAGGUUACAAGUAAACACCACACUGGAUUAUCAUACCCUGGCCAGAAUACAGUAACUAUGGACGCCGGACUGCGCGCCCACGCUUUACCCGAGACGUCAUCGGAAAACUGUCAAGUUGAGAACGACAUGGGGAGUAACAGCGCGGGCUGUAACAAUAAAUAUUAUCGUGUCGGAUGGAGGACCCAAACAACCAGUAUGAAAGAAUCGCCAACGCUGAGAAGCCCGUACGGCGAAAAUACUUUAGUUUUAAACGGGACCAAACAUAAUUUGGACGAACAGAAUGACGAGAGGACCGAAUGUGAAGAGAGACCCUGUUAUGCUAGCAGUGAAGCCCGAGGAUGCAAAAAUGGUAAUUUGUCGGGUCAAAUGUCACACUAUGAUAUAACGUCUGACAUGUUCGGUAGUACUAACUCGAACGGGAGCCUGGAUAAUGUCGGGUUGGCAGCAAUGGAUCGAGUGAAAUCUUUACAGAAAGCAUGUUCUGUUAUAUCGGAGUCGGACGAAACCGAAUGUACUAGUUUUGUACCGGAAGUAACGUCACCUAACACGAAAAGUAACGAAAACGGAAGAGCAUCAUUGAAAGAACGAAGGAAAACGUAUGCCAUGCUAGAUAACAUUCCGCCGCCCCAGGACAAGAGUAUAGACGAGGACGAGGGAGGCCCCAGAAUGACAAUGAGGAGGAACUCCAUGAUGUGCUUCAGUAAAUCAAGGGACAGUCAGGAUUCGGUGGAGUCAAUCGGAUCCCGGAAAACCUCUAUAGUUGAAAGUAGGAAAGCCUCUUCAGAAAGAAAGCCCGGGCCUUCGCUUCGACGUGCAAGCUUCGCGGUGCCGCAAUAUCUGAAGCGAGAGAAUAGUUUUUCAGAAAGUGAGUUUUACCGACGGACGAGUCAUGAUGUAACAAGACCUGAAACGACAGAAGAUACAAAGGAAACUUUGCGUGUUUUGAAAGACGCUACAUCGAGCUGGAAGAAAGUGAACAUUAAGUUAAACGUUCCUGUUCAAGAGGUUCGGAACGGCCCCAGAGCUGUUCGUUUUACCUAUCUAGAAGACUUACAAAGCGCUCUCGAGAUUCUUCUGGGUACGCGAGAAGCAGUUGUCAUCCUUAAGUCAAGGAAAUUACCUGAAAUUCUGACGUCAUCCAAUGGUGGUGAACACAGGAGGGGUGUCCAGAAGUCUGAAGUCGACGAUUCCAGAUACUUGGAUACAGAAAAUCAGAUACCACUGGACAACAUGCCGCCACAAAACAACUUAACAAUCAGCAAUGAUGUCAGACGUUUGUCGAUCAGUGAUCUCAUCAGUGCCAUGAAGUCAGAGCCCGCUAAUUGCCAGAGUCAGAUAAAGGCGUGCUUGGAUAUGGAGAGAUUUGCUGAUGACGAUGACAUCGAGGUUCUGAUGAAGAAACAGGAAGCUAUAUCGGCCAUGGUGGCAGCCAUGGCGACGUUUAUGGAUAACACAGAGCUCCACCUAGCGGCCUGUAAAACUUUAGUGGCCUUGUCCACCAAUUCCGAGGCCAGUUGUAUACAGGUGUGCCGUGAGAAUGGGAUCGCCAUCCUGCUACAGGUUAUCCGUAACCAUGGCGACCACAUCCCGCUCCUACUCUCCGUCUUGGAAAUACUCGGCAACGUCUCACUAACCGAAGAACUUUCGGAAGAAAUUGUUAAGAAUGCAGGUCAUUCGGAAAUCCUCGCAACGAUGUCCCGCCAGCGGGAUGAUUAUAAAGUAGCCAAACUUUGCUGUUUCAUCCUCGGCAACCUCGUCAAUACAGUUGAUGUUGCGCAGUCCAUAAUGUUUGUUGGCGGAGUUCACGCCAUCAUCGGAGCUCUGCAAAGUUUCCCGACUAAUGCCGAAGUCUUAGAGAACGGAUGCCGAGCACUUGGAUGCUUUUCUGCCCAUGAUGAAAUAUGUAUGGAUGUGGUUAACGCUGGUGCCGUUGAAGCAGUCCUGGUUGCUAUGGCAGUAGUACCAGACGUUGAUACACUACAGGAGUGUGGGUGCUGGGCAUUAGCUUGUCUCACUAAAUUCGAGGAGUCCUGCGUCAACAUCUGCAACAACAAUGGUAUAAACACGAUAGUGACAACCCUAGAGAAGUUCCCAAAGGACGAGGCCUUACAGGAGUAUGGCUGGUGGACUAUCAGCAAUCUGUCGGCACACGAAACAACACUCAGUCAUGUGGUAAACCACAGGUUACUUGGCGUUAGUAUGGACGCCAUGUGUCAGUUCCCUGACAAUCUGGAAAUACAGCACCAAAUAUUCUUCGCUAUUGGUCAAAUUGUGAUGACGUCAGGCGAGAUGCAGGAAAAGCUGGUAAAAAAGGGGGGCGUGAGAUCAGCUGUCAACAUCAUGACGUGUUUUCCAGACAGCCAGGAACUGCAGGAACAUGGCUGUCGAAUUCUGGGAAAUGUUGCUGUAAAUGAGCAACUCCGAAAGUUGAUUGAGGCUGAUGGUGGAUCUAAGGCUGUCAUUGCCGCCAUGUUAACACAUGACCGCCACGAGCAGAUACAGACGUACGGGUGUAUGGCACUGACCAACAUCACGGCUGACGUGCCGGAGAACAAAGGAAGAGUGGCGGCGAAUUCUGGCGUAUCUGCAGUUCUGGCAACCAUUAAAGAGAUGACCUCAAAUAGUGACGUUGUGCUGUGUGGACUAAAGACUCUCUGUAACCUUAUGGGAGGAGAGGAUGCCAGUUACUACUUUAUGGAGGACGAAGGGCUAGAAACCAUGGAGAUGAUAAUUUACCGAUAUAUUAAAUGCCCGAAUAUCCAACAUUACAUUUGCCGGAUUCUCGCCAGCGUGCCUUUGGCUCCCGGGUUAGACGACACCUGCUUAGAUGCCACUGAGGACAUACUAUAUGAUGCUGUGAAUCGUUUCCAUGGAGACAGUGACCUUCACCUUUCAACAUGUCACUAUUACGAGAACCUUGUACUGACAGAGACUGGGCGGUCCCGUUUUAAUAAAGGAAAAUACCUUGAUAGAUUGGCGGACUCUAUGACAUUCUUCAAGGACGACAAGUCUGUCCAGAUGUCCGGUUGCAAAACAAUAGCGGCUAUUUCUAUGUACAAAAAUGGUUCGAUUCAGAAAGAGGAGCUAUGUGUUAGCCUGGUGUUGGACGUGAUGAAGAUAUUCCACGCGUGUAGUAGUGUGCAGACUGUUUGUUGUGGUGCCAUUUCCUAUCUCGCAGAGCAUAACGAAAACCUACGGGACUACAUUCUAAGGAAGGGAGGUCUGGACGUGAUGAUGGCGAACCUACACGAGCAUCCAGAAGACGAGGGACUAGCAGUGGUAGGACUGAUGGCACUGGACAGCAUCACACACACAGGAAUCACCGAUUCCAAUCGAUUACAGAAAGAAAUUGAGUUUGUUAGUCGGAUGAUGAAGCGGUACCCAGAUAGCUUGGAACUGCAGAUCUACGGAUGUAACAUACUCUCUGCAGUCGGCAAGGAAGGCAUCAGUUGGUGUGACUGUACACGGUCAGAAGCUCUGGAGCCGGUCACAUGCAUUCUUAAAAGACGAAGAUCGAACCCCGAGUUAGAAUCUACCGCCCUAGAAGUUCUGACACUCCUGUUGUGUGGCGAGAGGGAGGACAUCAUCAGAAACACAAGGGACAAACUACCGUUUCUAGAUGACGACUUCUGGGAGAAAUGUUAUCGUAACGUUUUGCAUAUUGACUGAUAUCCCUCCAACAUUUCACAUCUUUGUUUCCUGAUUUAGCCGCGAGAUGUUUCUCAGUUCUCGCCCGUGGCGUUGAUAUUUUACUAAUUGAAAUAUUCUUCAAAGUUCUGUAACACAGAUAAAGAAUAAGAAUGUCUUAUUCGGUACAUCAUUGAUAUAAUGUGAUCAAAGACAUACAGCAUGGGCUUCUGCAGAAAAUAUUGAUGCAUCAUUUGGUAGCCGGUAUCCAAUAGCGGCAACUGUUUCAACCAUGGCUGUGACAGAUAUAUGCGUCCAAACUCAUCAUGACCAUCUAAAAAUGUAUGAAAUGGUCCGGUAAGAUCAGAUAUCUGAACAGUGUACGAUGACUUGUGUUUAUUCUAUCUGAACAUGUGAAAAUUCUCCCUGAACAUUUGAAGUGACCACUCUUAACCACUCCGUGACCACCCGUCAUAUCUAUUUUUCCACUUGGACUGUCUGUGAAUUAAACGACCUUUCCUUUCCGUAGUGUGCUUACGUGUACCGUAAAGGUGUCCGGGGAUAUUCAGAAAAGUGUCCAAACUAAACAUGACAUUACCGAUCCUGUGGUUAUUCAGGAAGUUGUCGCCCAGUUACUGAGUAACUCACUAUUCAAAGACGCGCUAGUAUCUUCCAUAGGUAUCACCCCACUCCAACAUCAUGUCCAGUUCCUUGAUAAGUUGGAUGAUUUAGAACAGUACUCGAGAAGGAACUGCCUAAAACUCAAAGGGAUACCCGAAUCCGAAAGGGAAAACUCAUAUGUGUUAUCAGCAUGUAAUGAUACCCUGGGUAUCAUGGUGACCCUCAAUGACAUUAGUCGCUUACAUCGGGUAGGCCCAAAGUCCUCUACAUAUCCACGUGAUAUUAUAAUAAGAUUCAUAUCUUAUCGCACAAGGGCCCUGGUGUAUGAUGCCAGAUUUAGUCUGUUUCCAUCGCCUCGGACUUCCAACUCAUCCGAACCUGAGCAUGUAGCCCCUUCUGCCAGCAGCCGAUUCUAUAUCAACGAGGCGCUGACCAAACAGCGCACUGCAGUAUACGUCAAAGCCCGGUAUUU